GAGAAUAACAAGAAUAAGAAGAAGAAGGAAACGAGAAUGAAAUAAGAAGAAGAAGAAGAGGAAGAGAGGAAGAAGUGCGUGAUAGAGGGUGGAGUAGCACAAGAGUUGCAGAGCGUCGUAGAAAAUAAAACCCGCCGGAUUUCUCUCCGCCCUCGAAACCUGUUUUCUUUCUUCUUUGCCGUUUAUUGCAGCUUUAAUGCAAUUGAUUUUGUUCUGUUUCUAUAUUGAUUACAAUAAACAGAGAAAUGGACUGCUUGACCGUUCAUCCGGCUGAUAUGAUCCUGGCUUCUGCGUCCUCUGCUUCGUCUACAUCGUCUUCGUCUUCAUCGCCUGCUUCGUCUGCCUCUUCAUCACUCUCUAUUCCUUCAUCUCCGCUAUCUUUCUAUUCUCAUUCAUCUCCAUCAUCAUCUGCUCCUCCGACUGCUCUCGCGCUCUCUGCUUCCUCUCCCGGAUCUUUCUUCUCUGGCGUCUUACUCCCCGGCUUUGAACGCCACUCCUUUGCCGAUCUCGCGCCUAGAAUGGCUAGUGUCUGGCUCCCGCUUUCUAUCCCAUCGUUUUCUACUUCUAUGAAUGUUGAAAGAUCCAAGAAUGUGAAAUUGGGAAAUCACGAUAAACUUCCUGGAUCUGAUGACAGCCACGAGAGUGCCAUGGAAGAAGAAGAAGAAGAGACUGAGGAUCAUGAUCACGAUGAUCAGGAGGAAGACAGUGAUGAUUCAGACUACGAGCCAAGAUAUGAUCCCGUGCUGAAACCUCGUUCGUUGCGCUCCCGCUCUCACUCUCACUCUCAAUCAGUCUCCCGCGGUGGUAGAAAGAAACUAUCGACUGCCUCUGCCGCUGCUAUCGCUGCUUCCAUCGCUGAAUCCUCCAGACGUCGUUCUCAUCGCCGAUCUUCUCGCCGGUCGUCUUGCUCUUCUACUUCCUCCUCCUCCACCUCCUCCUCUUCCUCUAUCUCCUCCUACUUCCAGCCGGCAAAUCCCACGCCUCUAGUCGCCGCGGCAAACACUCCCGAUCCGCGGUUCGCCAGCAGCGCAAGCCGCAACGGCGGCUCUUACCGCUGCAACCGCGACGUUCCUUUCAGCGAAGUUGUAUCGAUCCGGCCUGUAUCUGUAACCGAGCACCCGCGCGUAGCCUACCGGAUUCUAAUUGCCUGCGCGCUUUUGAAUGCGCCGCCCGAGCGCGGCCACGUCCUUCGCGUGGACGAGAUUUAUGGGAUUAUCGCGACGCGGUUUAGUUACUUUGACAUUGCAAAGUCAGCGCGGAACUCGUGGAAGAGCGGGAUCAGGCAUACGCUGAGUCACUCGGUCUCGUUCAAGAAGGUGUUGAUGAGCGAGAGCGCGGAUGGGAAUCUGCGUCCGAGCGUGAGGGUGGAGGAGGACACGCGUUCUGCACACAAGCGAUCUAGAAGAUCGCGGUCGGGUGAUAGUGCACCCCGCCGCAGCACUAAAUCUGCUAGAGAAGUAAACAGCGCGGAGGGGACGUUUUACUGGACGUUUAGUGAGGAGGCGUGGGAGAAGCAGGCGGUGCUGGUGGGAAGUCACCGUUAGUGCAGUGCAGUGCAGUCAGUCUGAGUGUUGCGGCCACAAAAUAGUGUUUUGCUUAUUAUCUGCCGAUCG